GCAGGCCCGAGGCGAAGAAGCUUUGCACAACUUGAAGUCUAGGCUUUGAUGCCUUGCAUCGUCAGUGUUGAAAAUGUUCUCCUUGAACACACUUCAACUUUUACUUCUCUCUGCCUCUUCCCUUCGCCUUUGGCUUUAGUUUCAUUUUAUUCCGCUGUCGACAGAGGUUGCCUGAGUUGGUUCAAUUUUUGUUUGGUAAAUCUGAAUCAAACGUUAUCAAAAUCCUCAGUGGUAGUAUUCAGACGUUUUCGGGUUCUGCGGUUCUUCUCUAGAACUGUGAGCGAUCUUACUGGUGAGCUCAACUGAGCCGUGUACAACUCCUCUCUCAGCUGAAGAUUCAAACAUGGCGGCAAAGGAGCCUCGUGUUUCUGGCAAACAGAUGGAGCAGUGGUCAAGGAUUCAGCGGAAUAUCCGAUGUAGUAUCAUCCAAGAGGAUCGAUUCGGUCGCCCAGGAGCAACCCUGAGGUCGUCAAUUAACAUCAUUGGUGGACUUGAUAUUUCGUACAGCAGCAACGACAACCAGACGGCCGUGGCUGCGCUAUCGCUAUAUAACUACCGUACCAUGCAACACAUGCAUACAUUUAAGAUUCCCGUCAAAAUAACCGUACCAUACAAAUCCGGCUUCUUGGCGUAUCGAGAAGUCGAGCAUUAUGUCACGUUGCUGGAGACGCUUAAAAAGGAACACCCCCAGUGGAAGCCACAGGUGCUUUUGGUGGAUGGCAAUGGAAUUUUGCACCACAGAGGCUGUGGCUCAGCCAGCCAUCUAGGAGUUGUGGCUGACGUGCCCACCAUUGGUGUAGCCAAAACACUUCUUAUUCCAGCGGUUCAAGCCCGAAGUGAGCGACAAUUCCGAGAAGACAAUAUCAAACACCUUUGCCAAAACAGAGGCACGGCUCCAGUGAUUGGAAAGGGCAAGACCGGCAUCAUUGGAGUAGCCAGCGUCAACAAAGGUGGAUCAACACCCGUCUAUAUUUCAGUUGGCCACAGAGUGUCUCUGAAUACUGCAAUCAGAAUAGUCCAGCAGUGCUAUCGAGGCAAUUGUAGAAUUCCAGCUCCUAUAGACAGUGCUGAUCAAGAAUCCCGGCAACAGAUUGGUGCAAGAACAAGAGGCACUCGUCCGCGUGUGAAUGCCAAGCCUAGAGAUCACAACAGUUACGACGGAGCAGUGCAGCAGGUCGACAUGGACACGUCUGGCGGCAAGGAUUCCACGACUUCCACCACACAUGACGUUCAGCAGGAGACUCCGAAUACAGCUCCACUGAAGGCCCAGCCAUCAGCUAGCGCCCAAAGGACUCCUGGUUUCCCUGCUCGUCUACGUGGCAAAGCAGCUCACACCUCCCCAGACGACGAGGGCUUCACCUCGGCUACCGGAAAACAUACAUUCAAGCCCAAGCCAUCAGCUAACGCCCAAGGCACGCCUGGUUUCCCUGCUUGUCUACGUGGCAAAGCAGCUAACACCUCCCCCAGACGACGAGGGCUUCACCUCGGCUACUGGAAAACAUACAUUCAAGCCCAAGGCAUCCCCGUCAGUGCAACACUUCACCCGAUCUACAGGUAACAUGGGCUAACGAAGCAUCAGCCACCGAGAGGGAAAGGCAUUUCGAACGCGUUGCAGCAUCGCAUCAGAGUCUGUCACACGAUAAACUGCUGGAACUGUAAAGAUAGGCUUCAUUAAUUCAUGCAGCCUUCAACAUAAGAUACACCACAUCACUAACCCUCUCCAGGAACGCACUGGGAAAUCCUGCGCAGAUACGUGGAUACAUUCUACGUAGAUCGAAGUCAAAGCACGAGAGAGAACCUUGAUGACUAUGUUCUUCUACACUUUGUUAUGUGAGAUUGUCAACUCGCUUGCUAGCCUUCCUACUUUGUUGUAUCCCAUAUAUUUUAGCAUUCCUGAUGUGUGUCCAUACCCCUGCUUGAUGAUUUAACUCCAGUUACUUUCAUUGGCUACCUUUAAUCCCGUAAAUUCCACUGAUGAUCGGGACAGGAGAUAUAUUUCUCGCCGGCCGAGCGGAGCGAGUGAGGUUAGAAAUGAUUUCUCGCGCAACAAAAUUAUUUUUCUUGCGAAUAUGGAAUCUGGUGUUUUCUCUUUUUGUUGCUGUUCUUUUUGCCUGACUUCUUCGGUCAGUUUUUUGUGUCUCACCAGUGUCCCCACCCUCCCACGUUUCAUGUCUGCCCGUCUUCUUCCCUUUCUUUCUUGGCUGUAUAUGUGAACAAUACGGCAAAAGAUCGUCGUGUGCUACUAUACAUACUAAAACAAUUAGUUCUGAGUCCAUCACUGUCAUCAACUAAGUACAGUACCGUUGGAUAAUGGCGUUCGGUUUGUUACAAUUCGUCCUCGCGAACCUUCCCCUUCAUAGUUUCAUAUCAUUCUGAUAAUAUUGAGCCUCCCAAGUUAGGUGGUUGUUGCUUUCCGUUGUCGCAUUGUGGUUUGACCGUUCUGUCUGGUCUUGCCGUCCCGUCAUCAUACCAGGCAAGAUAUCCAUGAAGCCCUGGAAUGUAUCCUGUGCUCGGCUGGAUGGCGCUCGCCUUCCCCUCUUUGGAAUCAGCACUAUAUCCAUGAACCUUCCAAGUUUGGAAGGCCGUUGGUUAGCGCUAUCGAGCAGUGUUCAAGCUGACUUUCAUGCCAUGGAAUGU